ACAGGCAAUCCGCGUCCAUGGACGUCCCUUUCGUUGAUCGAGAGUGCGAAGAAACGGUCAAGUGUUUCCCGUUGGAAAUAUCGGCAUAGAGCGUGGGAAAGAAGCUGGGUUGACUCCUUCUUCCUUUCCUAGUUGAACGACCAUGAAGAAGACUCUCUUCUUCAUUCACUUGCUUGAUACUGCAUACUCACCCUCUCGUCUCUCUCCUUAGGCCACCACCACCACCAACACCAACACCAUAAGAUCUCUUUCUCUUCAACUCAACAACGACAACCAAACAUCCCUAUUUCAGACACACAAUCACAACCAAUACACAACAAACCAAAACAAAACAAAUUCAUCCACAACCUAUAAACACUCUCACUAGAAUUUCUUUUCUUCCCCAAUUUUCAUUUCUCAAACCCUAAAAUCGGAAGAUAACAAAAUCAACCACAACGAAGAACGCGUCUCUGGUACGAAGAACAAAAUGACUACUCUAGAAUCGGAAGAAAUUCAUCAAGAGGAUUCCAUUGACGCUGCUUCCAGAACCUUCUCCCAACUCCUCUGUGACCUCCUUCAAUCUGUUGCUCACGUCAAUUCUCUCCCACUCAACCGUCCCAACACCGAAAGCAAAGCAUUCAACCAGUUCGCUGCCUUCGUCUCGAAAUUCUCUCCGAUCCUGGUGCAUCUCGAACAGAACGAAUCCACGCACACAGCUCCCGUCCGGAUGGCCGUUGAGUCACUCGAAGAGGACAUCAACUAUGUGGCGAACCUGAUUGAGAAUUCCAGCUCGGAAACCCCUGUUGGACAGAUUGAAGAGGUCACACACAAUCUUGGCCGUUGCUUAGGCAUUGUGCUCUCGGCCAGCUUGGAGAUUUCACCCAAAAUCAAAGAUAUGAUUGGCGCCCUGCACCAAGAAAUGAUUGAUGCAAAGUUUGAUUUCGAUGAUUCCUACGACAAUGGCGACAGCGAGAUUGAGAUAACGGAGUUAAAUCCAGUUGAAGGUGGGACGGUAGAUAGGAUAUUUACAGAUAUCGAUGAUGUGACAUUACAGCUUAAGAAUGGUAAUGAUGAAGCAUUGCAUAUUGCGCUGUCAGAACUAAGUGAAUUGGUUCGAGAAAAGUUGGUUCCAGAUGGAUGGUUAAAUGAUAGAGGGAUUGUAUCGAUUCUGUUAAAUCGAUUGGGUUCGAGUAAGCAUGAUAACAGACUGAUGAUAAUUUUGAUAUUGAGAAGGCUUGCAUCUGAGAAUGAUGAAAACAAGGAGAAAAUGUCGGAUGUUGGGGCUCUGUCAGCUGUGGUGCGGUCUUUGACAAGGGAUUCUGAGGAGCGUAGGGAAGCUGUGGGGCUGUUGCUGACUCUUUCUGAGAUUCCAAGGGUUCGUCAACGGAUGGGUAGAGCUCAAGGUUGUAUUGUCAUGUUGGUCUCUCUGCUCAAUGGAGAUGACUCCUCUGCUUCCAGUGAUGCAGCAAAAUUAUUGAGUGCUUUAUCAGGCAACACUCAGAAUGUCCUUCAUAUGGCUGAGGCUGGUUACUUCAAGCCGCUGGUACAAUACUUAAAGAAAGGUUCUGAUAUGAACAAGAUCCUUAUGGCAACAACACUUUGGAAGAUGGAGCUCACAGAUCAAAGCAGAACCGCUCUUGGCAAUGAGGGCUCAAUCGAAGCCCUUGUGAAAAUGUUUAAUUCUGGCAAACUUGAAGCCAAGCUAUCUGCGUUAGGUGCACUGCAAAAUCUCUCUGCCCUGACUGAAAAUGUUCAGCGUCUGAUCAGUUCAGGGAUUGUUGCACCUCUCCUCCAGCUCCUAUUCUCUGUCACAUCUGUUCUUAUGACUCUUCGGGAGCCGGCUUCGGCCAUACUCGCAAGCAUAGCCCAAUCUGAAUCAAUCCUCAUUAACAAAGACGUGGCCCAGCAAAUGCUCUCACUUCUCAACCUAACCAGCCCGGUUAUUCAAUAUCACCUCUUACGAGCGCUCAACAGCAUAGUGGACCAUGCUAGUGCAUCCAAGGUUAGAAGGAAAAUGAAGGAAAGUGGUGCAGUUCAGCUUCUCUUACCUUUCCUAACUGAGAACAACACUGAGAUCAGGGAAGUUGCUUUGAAUUUACUCUUCAAUCUCUCCAAGGAUUAUUUAGCAGGAGAGCUGACAGAACAGCUAGGAGAGACCCAUAUCAAUGUCAUAAUGAAUAUCAUCUUGGUAUCAACAUCUGAGAAUGAAAAGGCGGCUGCCAUUGGCCUAAUCGGUAAUAUCCCAGUCACUGACAAGAAAGCGACGGAGAUUCUCAAUAGGUUGCAUUUAUUGCCCAUUCUGGUCUCUUUACUUGGGGUAAGCAUCACAACUUCAACACCCGCGAGCAGGUGGUUGAUUGGGAGCAUUGCAGGUGUACUGGUUCGGUUUACGGUCCCUUCAGAGAAGAAGCUACUGCGACAAUCAGCAGAACUGGGUGUUAUCCCUUUGCUAGUGAAAGUUCUCUCAAUCGGAUCUCCCAUUGCCAUGGCUAGAGCAGCUACUUCACUAGCUCAGCUAUCACAGCAUUCAUUAUCAUUAAGCAAGGCUAAAGGCUCCAGAUGGUUUUGUGUCCCGCCUUCCUCCGAUGCGUUCUGUGAAGUUCAUGACGGCCACUGCUUUGUCAAAAGCACAUUUUGUCUAGUGAAGGCUGGCGCUGUAUCACCACUGGUCAAGAUUUUGACAGGUAAAGAGAGAGAGGCAGAUGAGGCUGUUCUCAAUGCUCUUGCAACCCUAAUGCAGGAUGAGAUCUGGGAGAAUGGGAGCAAAACCAUAGCCAAAGCAUCAGGUGUGAAUGCUAUUAUAAAAAUUCUCGAUGUAGGGAGUGUAAAGGCUCAAGAGAAGGCGCUUUGGAUGUUGGAGAGGAUUUUUAGGGUGGAGACUCACAGGGAACAAUAUGGGGAAGCUGCUCAGGUGCUGCUCAUCAGUCUUGCACAGAAGGGAGCUCCAACUUUGAAAUCAAUGAUUGCAAAGAUAUUGGCCCAUCUCCAGCUCUUGCAGAUGCAAUCCAGCUACUUCUAAGAUUUUGACCUUUGUGUAAGAGAAUAAACAAAAGAAGGUGCAUCAUGGUCUAAGGUUCACCAACAUUGGUGAAAUGAAGAAGGUUCAUCACUGCCAAAGCAACUAUUCUUUGAUUAUGUGAAUAACAAGUCAUGAGAAUUCCGUCCAUUAGCAACUACUCCAAGCUUGGGUAAAGGAGGUUUUGAUGUCAAGUGCAUUGCCAAUGUUGAAUUUUUUCCAAGCUAGCAUGAUAAUUGUUGUUGAGCUGACUCGGAGUAACUGGGGCAAGAAUGUGGUGGUGACAAUGAUGGCAAGCAUGAUGAUAUGAAUAGCAAGUCAAUGUAUUCAACUCUCUUCGAAAAACUUGAUUUGGUAAAACCUGAAAGGUGGCAUGUACAUUUGUGGAUAGAAAAGAAACAAUGCAAGAUCAUGAUAAUCUCCAAUAGCAAACAACCCAACUCAUGUGAAUUCAAAAUAUAGUUUGUAAUAGAUAUUGAGAAUCGGAAUACUACAUGUUCAUCUGAGUUGUAAGAUAAGAGUUGUAGAUAACUAGUUACUGCUAGUCUUCAUAUUUCUUUGAGCAAGUAUAAGAGGAGAAGGUUUGCUAUAGUAGAAGUUUGCUUUUACUUUGGGAAGGAAGAUGAGCAUUGUGUCAUGGAUUUUCUCCGUUUUUUGUAUGAUCUUGCAUUUUAAGCUUCUCUUAUUCUUUGAAGGACUCUUGAGCCCUUUUUUUG